AUGGAGGCGCACCUGCAGCAGUACUAUCACACGAGGGUGGCACUAGCUCAACAUGAGGUCCAGAGGGCUCAGUCUUUAGCUCUGGACAUCUGCAUGGAGAUCCAGGGCUUUCUGCACGGCCGUCAUCCUGACAUGCCCUUGGGAGAAAUGAGCCUUGGAGGUUCUCUACUGGAUGACCUGCAGGUGGUCAGUGCAGACCAUGCAUGUCUGCUGGUGCCUCUACAGUCUUGUUUGACCAAAAGCCCAAAAUCUUCCAUUUACAAUAAUAUAAGGUACCUGGUGGGCGGCUACCUGUCGUCAGAAGCUGUUGUGAACAUGUUUAGUAAGACUAUCAUGGAAACUAUAAACUGGCCAUCCAUCAGCAGCACUAUGGACUGUCUUGUCAGACCUGUACUGGGAGGACCAGACCUGAGACUGGAGAUUCGGCCUGGACAUGAAAAAGAAAGGGCUCAAAGCAGUGAUCAGCCCCUGUUCAUCUCCAUGCUGCCUCUGCUGAGGGAGGGGGACGUGGUCCUGACUGCCCAACCUGAGCUCACCUCUCCCUGGGUCAACGCCUGGCACCUCUCUCUCUACCCGUGGGAGACUCAGCGCCUGGCUCAGCUCGACGCCGCUGAUGCUGGAUGCCGCAGACAGACACUUAAAAUCCUCAAGGCGGCAUGCAGACUGAAUCCCGCCUUGCGACCACUCGAAGCCGCCCCGCUAGCCAAUCUCAUCCUGCACCUCAGCGACAGUGAGAGCAGCUGGUCCCAGAUCAGCCUGGAUGUGAGAUUCCAGCAGUGUAUUGUAGAGCUGAUUGGCUACCUAGAACAAGGGGCGUUGCACAGUUACUUCAAGCCAGCUGUCAAUCUGCUCAGCGGCUUGUCAGAGGACCAGGUGGAUCAGAUGGGCUUCAUGCUCUACUGCGCUGUGUCAGAGCCUGAAAUACUGCUCAUAUAACAGUCUGCACAUACAAUACAUUUCUCAAGCUCUGACACACACAGAGAUCAAAGGAUAAUCUUUUAUCAUCCAAGAUUGGUUCAUGGCAAAGACGUUGUAUUCUUCCCACCGCCUUCUCUCGUUGUUUAUCUCCUCCGUCCUGCUUCAAUGCGUGGGAACAGCGUACAGUUGGAAUGAUGAACUGGCAGGCCACCAUGGACAUCUACGCUGCAGGAGGAGAAGCUACAGGGAGACUUCAGAUGUGAAAGUGAUAAUCAAGCUUAGCCAGCCAGUGCAAGGAAAGAAUACAUACCAAGGAAAGGAGCUGAGAAAGAGUUUAUCAAGGUGUUUGAAACAAUGCUUCAGUAUGUGCCUGAUCAGAACUGCCCACACACACCACAGCCAAGUCUGCAUUUAGGUUUGUGUGCUCAUUAGUUUUCACAGGGAGUCAGUGAUGGUGAGCUUGGCCAGGUUCAGUUCAGUAUAUCCAUUAACAUCAGAAUAGCAGUUUAUUGCUUCAGUGCAUACAUUCUUUCUGUCUUUAAAUUGAUGCCGUGUGCUGUGUAUAAUUUUCCUGAAAAUCCUUAAUAUAUUUCAACUAUGCAGAAAAAUAAUGACCUGCUGACACCCACCAGGUUUUGUGCACUUAUUAAGCUACUCAGUCUGUCUGAGUUGGACUUAAUGAACUCAGCAUGUAUAUUUUAUUAUACUGGUGGUGGAAGUGUGCAGUAUUUUGUUUGACUUGUUUAGUGUUCAGUCUAUUGCCAAUCAUUUGGGUAAACUAACCCUUUUCAAUUAUGGUUUAAGUUUCCUAAUAAUUUUAUGCACUUGCUUUUACAUACAGUAUGAAUGUUGUUGACAUUUCUUCAGUUGUGUUUUCUUGCUGAGUGAAAGAAAUUUGUUUGUGAUUGAAUGUUGAAAUGGCAAAUAAAAAAUGUAAGCGUUUGUUUAUACACUCGAGCUGUUCAGAGAUCCUUUUCUAAAGUGAUUCAAAUAUAGGUGAUGGGUGGCAGGACAAAAUUUCCAGUCUUAUUCUGUGCCAAAAUGACUCUGACAAACAGGUGAAGUUAAAAUGAGGCUGAAUUUGUCAAAUUUUCCUGAGUGUUUGUAGUCAGAAUUCCUCUGAUGGUGUUUCCUUGAUGAGCUGUGGCAGAGCCUUUGAAAUGUGUAUUAACACGGAAUAUUAAAUCCGGGGUCAAAUUCCUUGUGUCUACAGAUACUGGAUCAAU